AGGAUUGGUUAGGUCACUUGGCCAAUUGGCUUGUGAAGAACAGAUUUAACAGCCACAGGUGUAGAAUAUAGGGUAAUUUAUUUAACCCCCAGCUUUCCCCAGCAGCAAUUGAACCUCACUGCUCAGGCCCCUGUAGCCUACCUUAUGAACCAUGAUCCUUCAGAGAGAAGUUAUUUUUUGGACAGUUGCUGUUUUAUGUGUUGUCUUUGCAGAUAAUGACAUCCAAAUCAAAUGUGGGGAAGACACUGUGUUGGUGAAAUGGACGGUGGGACCAGAGCUGUCUAUGAAUGCGUCUCGGCUCUUACUUGGGAGCUGUUACGCAAACCACUUCUUCCCGCUUCCUGGGGGUGGAGGGCAAGCAGUUUUCCUUUAUCCAUUUAAUGCGUGUAAUUUCAGAAAACGGAUAAUUGGAGAUAAGCUGAUAUACAAAAACACACUUGCAUUCAGGCCAAGGCCAAAGCCUAAACCAGCUGCAAUGUCCUUCCUUGUUGAAUGUAUAUAUACAAGAGAAAAGGGUUUGGUUCCUCCCUUUCUCAACCCUGGUUUUGUCCGCGUUCAGGGCCACAGCCAGCUCUACUUUCACAUGGGGAUCCUUAAUAAGAACCUCACUGGCCCAGCACAGUCAAACUCUUUUCCUCUGGGAUCCUUCAUCCCUGUCUGGGCAUAUGUGGAACAGCAUGCCCAUCAGCCCUUGCUGUUGCUCCUGGAUGAGUGUGUUGCAUCAGACGCCAUAGAGCUGGAGCCAACAACACUGGUCCAUCCAAUCAUCACUAACCAUGGGUGUCUCAAUGAUGGGAAGAAUGGUAACUCAAAGUUCCUACCAAGAUAUGAGUCCUCUGCAGUAGUUCUUUACCUGCAAGCCUUUAGAUUUUCUCUGGAAAAGGAGAUAUACAUCCACUGUAAACUUGUGGCAUGGGACCCAAAUCGUUUUGAUAAGGACAGGAAGAUGUGCAACUUCAACAAGGAGUCUGAAAGGUGGGAACUUUUGGAUGAUCCUUCUGAGAGUGAUGUUUGCCAUUGCUGUGACUCGGUCUGCAAACGGCGCAUAAUACGGGAUGUGGACUCGGAACCUCAAGGGCUUGUUCAGAAUGCAGUACUGGGACCACUGAUAAUCACGGAAAACUAAUUCCAGGAAACCAACUAAAGAUGUGGUAUAGAGGUGAGAUGGAGAUAUAUGAUAUGGAGUCACUGUCCUUACUGACCGGCCACUGAAGCUUGAAGUGCAUCUACCUCCAUCUCAUACUUCAUCUUUAGUUUGAAAUAAACAUUUUCAUUUUGGGAUUUA